AUGGCGGGCCGUUGGCAGCCCUACCUCUAUCAACCACAGAGAGACUCGACGGAUUUCCCGCAGUCAACCUUCAACCCCAAGGCCGUGACAAUGGCGAGUCGCAUGCCACCGUCGCCUACAAAGAAGAAGCAGGAUGGUCCAUUGGUUAACUUUAACAAACAUCCAGACAGCUAUCUGAUCGUGCCAUACGGGAACACAGAUGUGAAGCCAAUGAACAAAAGGACGAAGACUUUCAUCAAGGCCGCAAGAGGAGUGCAAUUAGCCUUGCGCAUAUGCCAAUUGCUAGGUGCAGUGGGUGUGUUGCUGUGCGGAAUCUUUGUUCGCGGUGCGCUGGACACGGAAGGGUACAUUAUGAGGAUACCGCCUGGUGUGGACAUUGUCAUUUGUCUCUACGCUGUAUACCAUCUGGUUCGCAACGCCAAAUCGCGCCCCCCGGCGAGCUCAGCCAGCUACCACUUCUUCGCGAUGGUCACGGAUGCUGGAUUCAUCCCAUUUUAUGUCUUCACUCUCCUGAUGGCAAAGCGAAACUCAGACCUUGAAGCAGGUACCACGGGGAGGUGGCGCACAAUGUUCCCGACAGAUGGGGAGACCAAUACGGUUUUGAAGACCACAUGGUUGACAGCCACCACACUUGCCGGUCUACAUCUUGUCUCCAUAUUCCUAGACUUGUACUUGGUGGUCAUCUUCAGGAAGAUUUCUAGUUUGCCGCCGGACAUGAACCCUCUGGAGGACAACCUCACUUCUCGCAGAAAAUCAAAGCACAAGCACAAGAACUCUUCAAUCUCGGCUAUUCCGCAGUUCGCUGGCGACAACGAGAAGCGUUUCAGCACGCAGAGUACCGUUGCUUCGGAGAAAACUUCGCAGGCCGACCCAUUGCUCCAUAAAGACCGUCCAAAUCCCAUGAAAAAUCAGGUCGCCUUUAUGCACACACGCACCAACUCGGAGACAGUCUACUCACCCUCAAACGCCCCAGUCGGCUCGCCAAUCCAGAGAACGUUAUUCCAUGUAUUCGCAGCCUCCGGUAGCCCUGAAACCUUAGCUCAACGCAAAUCCAUGCUCGCCGAACAAGCCAACAUCAAGCGUCACUCCAGGAACGACUCAUACGUCACAUCCGCAUCCAAGCAAGACUUUUACACUCCUCCUGGAACUGCUCAUUCUGAGAAGCAGGGUGCAGGUGGCGACCUAUCCCUCCAACGCAACAGUCGCGAAACCCUCCAGAACGACAACUGGUUUGUGCACCCAGAUGAUGAGGAGGAUCAGCCCAAACACCAUGCUACCUCGCCACCCAAACAAACAAUCUUCGCAUCUAGCGCCGCAUACAACGGUUAUGACACUCUCUCUCCUUACGAAGAUGUCUCAGAUGAAGAAGCACACGCUAUGGUUCCCCAACCAUUGGGCAUGAACCCGCCAACACCCCCACCUGACCACACCACAGACCAACAGAAAGACACACCCCCUCCUUCUGGCGCGCAGAGGACUUACACCACGGCCUCCAUCUCCACGGAAGGCACACUUGAUCGCUCGCACUCUCGCUCGGGGACCCCAAAGAGUAGGUUUUACGGCGACCUGAAAGGCGCAAGCGAGGGCGUGAGAUUGCCGUCGACUUCGCCUACCAAAGCCGCAGUUCGGGCUCAGGAGAUGGCAAGCCAAAAGAACUCGCUACCUAGCGCAACCAAACAAUACGCAACGAAUGCGUCACCGACGAAGAAGGGAAUUGUGGUGAAUUCCCCAUUUUCGCUGCACAAGAAGAGCUACACGAGCGUGAGGAGGACGGGGGAGGCGGGAUAUACGGCGGUGCAGGGACAGAGCCCACGGGUGAUUAGUCGGAGCGGGGUUGACUAUAUGAAUCCGUAUGAGUUUGAUGAUUCGGAUUUGGGGGUGCAGACACAGGGGCGGCGGAGAGAUGUUAGUGGGAAGAUUGCGGAGGAAGGGAGGGGUGGGCAAUGGAGUGGGAUGGUGCAGAGGAAGGCGAGUGGAGUUGCCUAG